AUAGCGUUCCUUUUUUUUUUGAACUGAAAUAGCGUUCCUUCUUUCUCCUCCCUAAUCAUAUCACUGUCUCAAAGCAACUGUUAAAAAAGUCCAAUCAUCUUCAAGUAGCGAAGAUAUUCCAUCCACUUAUCAAGUUUCAGCUCAAAUUAUGAUUCAACACUCUUAAUUAGUAUAUGGAAAGUAUAUCAAACGCCCAUUACAGCCGUUUCUAAAAAUUCUCAGUCCAAUCCUAUAAAUGUACUAUCAUAUUGCAGACUGUAGAUUGGAAGAAAGAAGAAGUCCUCCGAGCAUUUUGCCUGCAAGAGGAGCUGCGGAAGCGCAAGGUUGUUCAGGAGGUCAGGAUCAUUCCUCAUAAAUCAUCCAAAAGUACUCAAGUUUUAUGUGCGGUACGAAGCUCUGCUUCAUGUGGUUUAGUUCUUGAAUAUUGCAUUAGGAUUGAUCUCAAUACAUUAUGAUAGUCAUGCAGAGGAAGAGAACUGAGAGAAAACACUUGAAAGAAGAAUGAAGAUGGUGACCUGAACUCUCAAACACCAUCCAUCACACAAUUAUCGUAAGAAGAGAAAAGGUUAAAGAGGUGAGAGAGAGUGAGGUCGCUUAGAUUUUGUACGGGAUGGAUUCAUUUAACAAUGCCACCUUCCCAGAAUUUAAUAUAAUGUCCUCUCUCUUUCUCUCUCCGACUCCACUCUCUCUCCCCCUCUUCCUUUUUCGUUUGAGUUUCACUUUUUUCUCUCUCUCUCUCUCUCUCAAAAACGAGGAACAUGGCAGAUUGGGGACCAGUUCUGAUAGCCGUGAUCCUAUUCGUAGUGCUAACACCGGGGCUUCUUUUCCAGAUUCCGGCGGGAGGCCGAGUUGUCGAAUUCGGGAAUAUGCAGACGAGCGGCGCUUCUAUUCUCGUCCACGCUAUCAUCUUCUUUGGUCUCAUCACUAUCUUCACCAUCGCCAUCAACGUACACAUCUAUUCCGGUUAACUGUGUUAGCUGAGCUUAUUACUUGUUUACGGAAAGUCUUUUCUUCUCCGCUUCUGUUUGUGCUUUCUAGUUUUUCAAAAAUUGAUGUAAGAUCUGGCAUUUUCGGAUACAUGUGAAUAUAAUCAAAAUUUUCGUAUAUGAUAUAAAAUUCAUUUUGGUA